UGGGCCGCUGCUUUCGUCUAUAAAAGGCUGUCCCGGAGCGCCGGCCCCGCGGCCCCGGCCCCGCCGCAUUCUUCUGCCUUGUAUGGGCCGGGCCGGGCCGGGCCGGGCCCCUGGGCGCGCCCGCCCCGCCGAGCCGCGUCCGGCAGAGCCGAGUCCGGCAGAGCCGCGUCCAGCAGAGCCGCGUCCGGCAGAGCCGCGUCCCGCAGAGCCGAGUCCAGCAGAGCCGAGUCCAGCAGAGCCGAGUCCAGCAGAGCCGAGUUCAGCAGAGCCGCGUGCCGCAGAGCCGCCCGCAGCUCCGGCACGUCCUCCAGCUCCCGCAGCUCCCGCAGCUCCCGCUCCGGGACAGGCUCUGUGCGGUUGUAGGAGGAGUUUGCGGUCACCUCCCCCCUCCGAGGCGCUGCGGUCGCAUUCCCCCGGCGAGGUACUCCCCCAGCCACCAAGAUGUCCAGCAAACGUGCCAAAGCCAAGACCACCAAGAAGCGCCCCCAGCGCGCCACCUCCAACGUCUUCGCCAUGUUCGACCAGUCGCAGAUCCAGGAGUUCAAGGAGGCCUUCAACAUGAUCGACCAGAACCGCGACGGCUUCAUCGACAAGGAGGAUCUGCACGACAUGCUGGCUUCCCUGGGGAAGAACCCCACUGACGAGUACCUGGAGGGGAUGAUGAGCGAGGCACCAGGGCCCAUCAACUUCACCAUGUUCCUCACCAUGUUCGGGGAGAAGCUGAACGGCACCGACCCCGAGGACGUGAUCCGCAACGCCUUCGCCUGCUUCGACGAGGAGGCCUCAGGCUUCAUCCACGAGGACCACCUGCGGGAGCUGCUGACCACCAUGGGGGACAGGUUCACCGACGAGGAGGUGGACGAGAUGUACCGGGAGGCGCCCAUCGACAAAAAGGGCAACUUCAACUACGUGGAGUUCACCCGCAUCCUGAAGCACGGGGCCAAGGACAAGGACGAUUAGAGCCCAGGGCCACCCACCCCUCCUGCCUCAUCCUGUGCACUCCCUGCCCCUUGGCCCCCCUUGCUGCCCACAGCAGGUUCCUCCCACGGGAAACACCUCCCAGGGCCAUCACCCUGCGUCAGGAGGGGACACACUCCCAUCACUGCUGCUGUGUGCCCGUCCUCUCUCAUCACCUCUCCCACCCACUGGGUGCCCCAGCCUGGCUGUGACCCCUCCCCAGCAGCCCUUGACCCCCUCAAAGCCACCAUGCUACUGGUGCCAGGGCUGGGGUGAGCAUCCCCUGCUGACCUGCAGGGAUUUGGGCCACUCCAGCCUGAGUGAGUCACAUUCAGGCCUUGCACAGAGGAAAAGCCUCUCUCUCCUCCCACAUUCCCCCUUCAGUAAAGAGCCCCCACUUUGUUCCUCCUCCCUGGCUGUUUUAUGGCUUUAGAGCCUGAGAUCUGAGGGAUUUGGGAAGCUGAGGGGGUGUAUAAAGCCUGAUGGCUGUGACAGA